CAAUUUCUCGGAUAUCUAACAGGAAUCGGACAAAAUUUGUAAUAUCACUACCAGGAUGAUUAACAUCUACAAGUAGCAUAUCUAAUAACCUAUUAAUAUUUACAUUACAACCAGCAAAACGGAAGUAACAAUUAAAGUGCCAUUAACUUAAUUAGUAAACAUUAAAUAAUAAUAUCAAAUUUAAAGAUUUCGAUGAACAGCUUCUUCCGUAUUACUACUGAACUCGAAUUAAAUUUGAUUUGAGAGUUGGGUGUAUCAUUCAUCAGUUGAUAGGAAACUUGCCAUUAGGGAACUACUCUUUGAUGACGGGAAAAUGGAAAUAUUUAUGAAGUUUUUACUCCUUGUGGUCUCUGCAACUGGAGUGAUGUCACUGACCUUGCAUGAAAUAGACAAAGAAUGGUUCACUUUCAAAGUGAAAUUUAACAGGACAUAUGAUACAAGGACUGAGGAAAAUUAUAGGUACACCGUGUUUACUGAAAAUCUAAAAUCCAUCUUGGUACAUAAUAUGGAAGCGGACAAGGGACGCUAUACAUUCUGGUUGGGCAUAAACCAGUUUUCUGACUUGACAUCCAGAGAGUUCAACAAAAUCUAUGCAAAUCUGAGAGUUGAUGCCAAUGUACAACAGAAACAUACGUAUGCAAAGAAUAAAAUAAAACAUGACAACAAUAACGUAUCAUUGCCAAGAGAAAUUGACUGGAGGCAUACAAACUGUGUGACACAUGUUAAGAAUCAGGGUUCAUGCGGAAGCUGUUAUGCAUUUGCAGCUACUGGAGCUCUUGAGGGUCAGGAAUGUCUGAAAAACGGUGAACUAGUGUCUCUGUCAGAACAGAAUAUUAUAGAUUGCACGAACAAUAAAGACUACAAGAACCAUGGCUGUGAAAAUGGGAGAAUAGACAGCACAUAUUUGUAUGUAUUACACAACGGGAUAGACUCGGAGAAAAGCUAUCCGUACAAAGGAUCGAUUGGUACAUGCGAUCAGCAGAAAGGGUUUAAGGCGGUAAAGGAGAUUUUUAAUUACGAGGAAUUACAUUACGGUGAUGUGGCUGAGCUUCAGAGAGCAGUAGCAGAAAUUGGUCCUAUCUCGGUUUAUCUUGACAUUGACACGGAGAGAGAAGUAAACAAGUUUCAGCAUUACAAACACGGUGUGUUUGACAACAGCGAAUGUGGAAAUAAGCCGGAAGAUCUCAAUCACGCUGUACUGGUAGUUGGAUACGGCGAAACACUUAAAGGUCAAGAUUACUGGCUCAUCAAGAACAGUUAUGGUACAGCCUGGGGCAUUGAGGGCUAUAUGAAGAUCGUGAGAAACGGACGUAACACAUGUGGAAUAGCAACUCGUGCAAGCUUCCCAAUCGUUCCAAACGACAACAGUUGACUUACUUUCUAAAAAUAUAUUUUAAUGUAUUGUUCGCUUGUAUGAUGCCGGUGUAAUGAAGUAUUUCGACCCCCAUAGAAUAAUGACCCCCGGUCAUUAUUCUAUAGAAAAAGUGACCUCCCGGUCAUAGUAUUAUGACCUCCAGAUCAUAGUACUAUGACUCCCCCACGUGAAGUAAACUGAACCUCACGAAGAAUAUUGACUCCCAUAAAAACAAGAGCUGUCGGAUGACAGCGCGCUCGACUAUUCGAAGAAUUGACUGAAGAAUGGAGUCAAAAUAUUUCUACAGAUAUUCAGACAAAAGAAAAAAAUACAUUAGACAAACAAUGUUCCUGUAUUUGUGGAUUUCGAUAAGUCUUGCACUAAAUGGCAAUGUGUAAACCAAUUAAGUCCAAAAAGGGCCAAAAUAUAUGGCAGAGUUAUGUACUCUUUCCUACAGAUAGAGACUAUUAUACAGAACAAGUGAUAAAAGUUUCAAAGCCAUAUGUCAGACACUUCACACAAAAUAUGAACUGGUACGAAAAACUUAACCAAGAUUUCUAAGUCAAAAGGGGCCAUAAUUCAGCCAAAAUCCUUGAUGAAGUUAUGUACUCUUGCCUGUAACUGGACAUGGUGAUGGUAAACAGGUGUUGAAAGUUUCAAAGCUUUAUCUUCAAAGACUUUGUCAAAAUAUGAACUGGUACGAAAAACUUAACAAAGAUUUCUAAGUCAAAAAGGGCCAUAAUUCAGCCAGAUUCCUUGGUGGAGUUAUGUGCUCUUGCCUAUAACUGGACAUGGUGAUGGUAAACAAGUGUUGAAAGUUUCACAGCUUUAUCUCAAGAGACUUUGUCAAAAUAUGAACUGGUACGAAAAAUUUAACAAAGAUUUCUAAGUCGAAAGGGGCCAUAAUUCAGUCAAAAACCUUGACGGAGUUAUGUACUCUUGCCUAUAACUGGACAUGGUGAUGUUAAACAAUUGUUGAAAGUUUCAAAGCUUUAUCUCAAAAGACUUUGUCAAAAUAUGAACUGGUACGAAAAACUUAACCAUGAUUUCUAAGUCAAAAGGGGCCAUAAUUCAGCCAAAAUCCCUGAUGAAGUUAUGUGCUCUUGCCUAUAACUGGCUAUGGUGAUGGUAAACAAGUGUUGAAAGUUUCAAAGCUUUAUCUCAAAAGACUUUGUCAAAAUGUGGACUGGUACGAACAACUUAACCAAGGUGUGACGCCGACGCCGUGGUGAGUAUGAUAGCCCUACUUAUUCUUCGAAUAGUCGAGCUAAAACGACCCCCGGUCAUUUGGUCAAAUUUAGUGAUAACUCAUAUAUCUAAGGCCUAAUUGCUGCAUUUUAUGCCCCCACUCGGGGGAGGGGGGCAUAUAGAUUUGCCCAUGUCCGUCCGUCCGUCCGUCCUUCCGUUUGACCAUUAGCCCCAGAUACCAUCACUUGACACAGAAAUCAGAGCAUUCCGCAACGGGAAAAUGGAUUCUAUUUCUAGACGCUGUAUCUUGGUGUAUACAUUUUUUUUCAGGAAAAUAACAAUUCACAAUACGUUCACAAAAACACACCAGUGUCAAUAAUCCCUACAAACUUCGGUAUGAAGUAAUUCUUCAGAAGAAAACUGCACAAGAAACUGCUAGCAUAGAACUUAGUAUUAAUAGAAGUUGCAAUACUUAGCAGUGGCAGUAAAGUACGGUAGCAGCAACAAUAGAAAGUAGUAGUAGUAGAAGUAGUAGUAGUAGUGGCAGUGGUAGUGGCAGUUGCAGUAGCAGCAGCAGCAGUAGCAGCAGCAUUAGAGGAAUAAGUGACAGCAACAACAGUAGCAGGAGAAGAAGAGGUAGAUAUACAAGACGUAUUAGUGGAAGCAGGUGUAGUAGUAUCAGUAGUAGCAGUUGUAGAUGUAGUAGUAGAAGUAGUAGUAGUAGUAGUAGAAGAAGAAGAAGUACAUGUAGUAAUAGCAAUAGAAGUAGCGGCACCAGUAGUAGUAGUACAAUCAAAAUGUUAGGAGUCAGUAUUUUACUUGGAGGGGUCAGUUUUUCUAUAGAAUAAUGACCGGGGGUCGUUAUUCUAUAGUGUUUUCAAAGGGAGUAGGUUUUUUUUAUAAGGGGAGUCAAUAUUUUACAGGAAAGGAGUCAUAUUUUCUAUAGAAUAAUGACCGGGGGUCGUUAUUCUAUUGGGGUCGAAACACUUCAUUACACCGGCUUAAUUUCAUCUUGUUUGGUUCAAAACUACACAACUUGCUUGAAAAAUACACAAAAAAAUACACUGUAUUCAUUUAAAAUUCGUAUAUAUCAAUAAAAUCUGUAAAAAGAUCCUUUGGAAGCAUAUAAUGCAACCAAGAAGAAUAACAUCAGGUUUGACUGAGUUUGUUUAUGAGAUGUACUGAAAUGUGCAACAUCUCUCAUGUUCCAAGUCAAAUUGGUUAGGGACAGCAACGACAUAUUCUGAUUAAUCAACCAAAGGGUUAGCGGAUUAGAUUAGGAAGAUUAAAUGAAGUCUGAUAGCUUUAUCUUAUACUAUAUCUACAAACAUUCUCAAUUAGACCCUUUUGUAUUUCAGAUAACUCCUAAAUAAUGCAUUUAAUCUUAUAUUCAUAACUAUUAACUUCUUAAUUUUCAAACCAUAUUUUGUAGCAUUGCAGUUAUACCCCAUAGGGUGCCUCAAAGCUUGUUCCGUUUCGUUCCGCAAAUUACCAAUAGCUAAACAUGGGUAAAGGUCAUGUUCACAAGAUCUGAGUCAAAUUCAUGUAUGAUAAACUACGCCUCGGUAUUUUUCGGCGAACGACGUCUAAAUUCGUUUUCGUUUCCUAUGCCACGUGACUUCAGUUUACAAAUCAAACUAUUUGAUAACCCAUUAUAGAUAAUUUAUCAAAAUGGAAGAUUUAUGCAACACUCUGCCUGAUUGGACGAGAGUGUCAACUUCUUUCACUCUGUUGAUUGUGCUACGCUGAGUGAAAUGUAGACAAAGCGUUUAUCCUAAACGACGCUGUUCACAGUUUUAAAGCUAACUUUGGCUCAGUAUAUUUAGCAAGAAUAUUGAUAUAUCUCAAAAUGAUAAGUAAGUUUAAUAAAUAUGAUAAAAACCUGUUCAAAUACCAACAUAUAUCAAAUUAAAGAAAGAGCUGAAUACGGUCUGCGUAUCACAUGAAUAAGGGUGUGAUAAGAGUCUUAUGUAGAGAAGUGCUUUUUGAAAGAUUUUCCUUGUUACAUUUGUCGUCUGUAUAUGAAAAGGUUUCUUGCUUUUGUGACUUAUUCAGAUUGCAUAUUAAAAUGAGUACUUGUUUGCUUUGAUAUAUUUGUUAUAAAUUAUUUAACUGAUUUAUUAUAUUAUGAAUAUUUUUCUUUAGUAUGGUAUGCAAAUAUUGAACUCAGUUGAAAUCUGUUUUAUUAUAUAUAUGCUAUAUAAUGACUGAAUCUCAUUACACUGAAAUGAAGGUACGCUGCAUACAUUUAUCUAUGUGAUAUGACUACGGUCAAUCUUUGCUUAUGAAACAGAAAUAUUGAAAUAAUAACAAUUGUAUGUUUUGCUUGACCUUCACUUUUUUAUAGGUGUGACGUCAUUGUCCAAAGAUUCAUGAAUAGCGAAUAUGCAUUUGUUAAAGCGGGAUCAGUUGGCCUAUUUUAGAAAUAAAUAAAAAUAAUAAAUAAAAAAAUCCUUUAA